CGCCAAUUCCCGGUGCGUCCUCCGCGCGUGGAAGAACGGAGCGGGCGUAACGAAGUCGGGAGUGGCGGAAGGAGCCGACCUCUAGAGACAGCUGAUGCUGAGUGGGCUGCGAGUCCGACUUCUGGCCCCUCGGGCCGUGUCCGGCUGCCUCCAUCUGUCCAGUGGCUGCGUAAAGAGGGCCGGAAUGGAGGGCCCUGUGGAAGCAACGAUAAGAGCGAAGCUGGAGCAGGCUCUGAGCCCGGAGGUGCUGGAGCUUCGCAAUGAGAGCAGUGGCCACGCUGUGCCCCCCGGGAGCGAGACCCAUUUCCGUGUGGCCGUGGUGAGCUCCCGCUUCGAAGGGCUAAGCCCUCUGCAGCGCCACCGAUUGGUCCAUGCCGCCCUGGCCGAAGAACUUGCAGGGCCCGUCCAUGCGCUGGCCAUCCAAGCUCGGACCCCUGCCCAGUGGAGAGAUAACCCCAACCUAGAUGUCAGCCCCGCCUGCCUGGGUGGGAGUAAGAGAGAUUUCCGUGGUGUCUCCUGAAACCUCGGAGAAGAGAAGAGAACACAUGUAUUCUAGAUUUGUGGGAGGAGAGAGUGACUGACCUUUACUGGGGCCUGCCCUCCCAAAAUAAAAGUGUGAUUGUGUCUGACA